AUGGAAGAAUCACACCAUCGACUGGUGUCCGGGUUCGAUCUUCUGCAUAUCCCAUAUGACGAGCGCUGGGAGCACCUCAAGCCCAUCAUCGUGGAGGCUUACCUUGGCAAGAAUGGCUCUGGCAAACCUUUGACAAUCCCGAAGCUCGCCGAAUUCAUAAAGAAGAACCAUGGGUUCAGUGCAGAGGUCCAUCAAUACCGACAUCGCCUGCACAAGUGGGACAUCCGAAAACGAACCACCACACAAGAGAAGGACGACAUUGUGGCUGUUGUUGGCAAACGCAGUCGCGCCGGUGCGAGUACUUCCGCUGUGACCAUUCAUCAAGGAGGCUUGAUGAAGGAAGUAGACAAGAAGCAGCUGAAGAGACAAGCCGACCACCCGUCGCCCUUUGGCCCAAUAACGACCACUCCUCGUUACCUGAAUGUCGGCAGCCCCGAAGCAACCACACCAGGUGGGCCGGCGCCCGAUUUGACCCCCACGGCUGCUUUGAUCACGCAAAAGACUUUGCAGGAUCGUUCGAACUUGCUUCUGCAAGGCCGCCGAGAAGAGCUUCUGAGCAGAUGUAACGAGAGUGACCGAAGAAUCAUUUCUGGAUGGCUUCACGAUUACUGGAUGCAUUCCUACCUUACAGCCAAGUUCUGGGGCAGAGGACCACAACAGUGGACUGCUGGGUUGGUGUCGGAGGUUACCCUCGUAGGAAACAACUUGGAAACUCCUCCGAACUUCUCAUCGCCAGCCGGGUGGUUCCCUGCCCCCUCUCCGCGCACAUCUGAAAUCCCACAACCGACCAGUCUAUGCCGGUGGGUGAUUCAUUACGAAGAAGACAGUGACCUCGAGUAUGAAACCGAAGAUUCUUCACCUAUCGAGACGCAAGCCGAAUUCGAACUGCGUGAUGAAUCUUCAUGGACCCCUUGGCCAGCCGCCGAAACACAGAAUCGCACUCUACAAAGCGCCAUGGAGGAGUCUUUCACGCGGAGCCAGUUCAGUGCAACUUCGGUUGACGAACUACCACUCUCCAACGAGUUCAUCGCCCAGGCCGUCUCCAAAUCCCCUAAAGAGCUCGCGUUAGACUCGCUUGCCUUUGCCAUCAUGUCGGGCAAUCUAGAGUCUGUCUCCAAUUUGUUGGAAUCGGGCUGUGGAAUUGAUAUCGGAACUAUCCACCCUUACCAUCUGGCAGCCUCUAUCUUGGAUGGCGGUCAUACCUGUUGCAAAGUAAUGAACGAUCUCAUUCGACUUCUAGACGACCAUCCAAUUGCGCUUAACAACAUCGAUUCCGAUGGACAUACCGUCCUUGAUAGCCUCCUGAUCUCAAUUCUUCGGUCACACACGAACCUGGCCCCCUUCGAGGUUAGCACAAGCUUCAAUCAUCGCACGAGAUUCCCCGGAGAAGAGAGAGACAUCUGCGGCCGGUGGGAUGCCGACUCACCGACAGUGCGGCGAUUGCACAAAGAAGGACACGCUCGUAUCCCUCAGCAAUGGAAACACAACUUCUGCCACAGCAGUGUGCAGGCAGUGUGUCACAGCAUGCUGUCAAUCUAUGUUCCAUCGUCAGCGCCAAAGAUCGAUACCCUUAGUGGCCUCUUUCGACGUCGUUGCACCGAGUGUGGUCUUGAAUUGAAGUUGGGACCACUCCACGUGCUUGUCAUUGUUGCAUUCUAUCUUGCACAGCGUGGUAUGGAUGGCGAGACACUUUUUGGGGCAGUGGCAUGCGCAGUUUGCCUGCUGGUCCUUGGGGCUGAUGCGAACCUGAAAGCAGAACUGUCUGUGGCAGAACUUCUCAACUCUGCCGAAGACAAUGGCUGUAGGCAUCAUCCCAUUACUGCUGCUGGGCUUGCGGAACAGGUUCCUCAGUCAAUGAUUGAUACUUGGUCACCAUCUUGUCAAACUGGCUGGAAAUGUCUGUCCUUGGUCCUUCACCGAUCAACCGCAUUAUACCCUCAGCGCCCAGGACUGCGACGAGAACAACAAUCCACGAUGGUCAAUAGUGGGCUACAAAGCUACUACGAUAACGGCCGCUACAAUUUUGACCUUGAAUUCAUGACCUCAGAGGGUUGGGAAGAAGUCAGUGAUGGGGAUUUGUUCGACUGUGAACUUGUCGACGAUCACGAGCACUUUGAAUUACCUUGCAUGCAAGACUUGGGUGUCCUAUGGGCGUCAAUCCAGACAGAAUUGCUUACCUGGAGAAAGAUCACCAGUCUUGAUCCGGACAUCUCAGAAAACUUUCAAAUGGUUUUCUUGGAAAGAUGGCUCAAGGGGGAAACAGAAGGUUUUCAAACACCUUUGGUCGAGGACCGGUUGAUGAGAGAGCAUUCAAAAUGUGGUUGGUUUGGGAAUAUCUUAGUGCCCACCGCGUCUGGUGUUUCUGCACGCUAUUUCAUGAACAUGGACGUUUGGGUAAGGACUAGUUUUGUCGACACCAUGGUCCCUAUAGGGUGUAAGCGUUAUUAAUAUCUAGAACUUCACUCUCUACUUAGCUAAGUAGAAAUAAGCAUUAACUAGC